AUGGCCUUCAGCAUCAUCUUCUGGAUUUCUGUUUCAUCAGUGUUGCCCAAAACCAUGACUGUGGUGCUGGCCUUCCUGGCCACAAAACCAGGGAACAGGGUGAAGAGGUGGCUGGGGAAGAGCCUUGCAAACACCAUUGUCAUUUCAUGUUCCAGUGUGCAGGUCAUCAUCUGCUCCAUCUGGCUGGGCAUCUCUCCACCCUUCCCAGAUGCUGACAUGCACUCACAGCCUGGACAAAUCCUCCUGCAGUGCAAUGAAGGGUAUGUGGCCAAGUUCUACACUGCCCUUGGCUAUAUGGGCUUCCUGGCCUCCAUCUGCUUUGUGGUGGCUUUCCUUGCUAGGAAGCUGCCUGGUGCCUUCAAUGAGGCCAAGCUGAUCACCUUCAGCAUGCUAGUCUUCUGCAGUGUCUGGGUGUCCUUUCUGCCCUCCUACCUGAGCACCAAGGGGAAGUACAUGGUGGCUGUGCAGGCCUUGUCCAUCUUGGCCUCCAGUGCUGGGCUUCUGGGCUGCGUCUUCAUCCCCAAGUGCUACAUUGUAGUGCUGAGGCCCGAUCUGAAUACAAAAGAGAAUAUAUUGCUCAAAUUCAAACAGGGCAUCUGA